AUGGGGCACCCAUACGUCGUUCUGACAAUGGUGCUGGGAACUCGGGGCGGCGGCCUUGAGGUUGGUCGCGACGCUGGUCUGGUCGGUGUGAUUGCAGAUGUGGCGGUCCCCUUCGGCCGCGUGGGCAAUGACGAAGCAACCGGGAGAUGGGUAUCCUUCUUCAUGUUGCUUGGGGAGUGGCCUUGGGGUGCCUCGACGACAUCUGGCAGGGACGGCGUGGUGCACCAGAUCGUGGAGCAGCUCUGCCCGGGGCUCAAGGACGAGGUGAUGAAGAUCACUCCCGUGCAGAAGCAGACCCGCGCCGGCCAGCGGACCCGCUUCAAGGCGUUCGUCGUCGUCGGCGACAGCAACGGCCACGUCGGGCUCGGCGUCAAGUGCGCCAAGGAGGUGGCAACGGCCAUCCGCGGCGCCAUCAUCCUCGCCAAGCUCUCCAUCGUGCCCGUCAGGAGGGGCUACUGGGGGAACAAGAUCGGCCUGCCCCACACCGUGCCCUGCAAGGUCACCGGCAAGUGCGGCUCUGUCACCGUGCGCAUGGUGCCUGCCCCGAGGGGUUCUGGAAUCGUCGCCGCUCGUGUCCCCAAGAAGGUGCUCCAGUUCGCUGGUAUUGAUGAUGUCUUCACUUCCUCGCGUGGAUCCACCAAGACACUUGGCAACUUCGUCAAGGCAACCUUCGACUGCCUGAUGAAGACCUAUGGAUUCCUCACCCCUGACUUCUGGAGGGAGACGACCUUCACCAAGGGGCCGUACCAGGAGUUCACCGACAUCUUGGCGAAGCCGACAAAGGCCUUGAUGCUUGAUGCACCAGUUGAGAAGAUAGAAGCUUAG